AUGACUAGUAACAAAGAUGGUUUGACUCCAUUGAUUGAGAAAAUCUGUACGAUUAGUACGAUUGGAUUGUUUUUAACUGGAGUGCAAAUAUGUAAUCGAAUUUACCGCAUGCGCUCCACGGGUGAUAUUUCGGGCUUUCCAUUUGUUGCCACUAUGGUAAAUUGUACGCUCUGGUUGUUGUAUGGCUACGUUGGAAACAAUUCAACGAUUGUAAUUGUGAACUUCAUAGGAGCAAGUUUAGAAUUGAUUUAUGCAUUAUUUUAUUUGCAAUAUACACCUGAUCGAAAUUCGUUUAUGCGAUUGAUUGGGAUGGCAGCGGCGUUUUUAGCAACAGUAGCAUUUUACUUGUUGUACAUUGUGUCGGAUCGCGCGACAGCUUCUCUUCAUGCUGGUGUAGUAGCAUCGUUUGCUACUGUAAUCAUGUUUGGUUCACCAUUGGCUUCUCUUAAAGAAGUUAUACAAAAGCAGAGUACUGAAUCACUUUCGUUACCAUUGUGUUUUGCAAACUUAGUUGUCCCAGCUGAAUGGGUUCUGUAUGGUAUUUUAAUCAAUGAUAAAUUCGUCCAAGUACCAAAUUUUCUUGGUGCAAUUUUGGGCCUUAUUCAAGUAUUUCUCUUUUAUAAAUAUCCUCGUCAAUCUGGUCUUGUACCAAAAGCAACAAAUCUCGGCACAAUUUAG